AUGUUCCGUGGGUGGAUUCCGUUCUUGGACGAGCCAGUGAAUCUCACUUUUGAGGUAAGCGAUGUAGUCUUUGCGCUGCGGGCGUGCGGCGUCACGAAGGAUUUAGAAUGCGGCCGGAGAGUUCACUGCAGCUCACUAAUCCAGGGCUUCUGCGGGAUCGAUAUUUCAAAUUCUCUGGUGAGAAUGUAUGGCCGAUGUGGGAGCGUGGCCAAUGCGCUAGUAAUUUUCGAGAGAAUGCCGAGCCACAGCACCGUCUCGUGGAACGCGUUAAUACUAGCAUACGUCGAGAACGGGCAAGCUGGUUUAGCUCUGGAGAUUUUUUUCUCUCGUAUGGAAGAAGAGUGGUGCUCGUCCAGCACUUACGUUGCUGUGCUUAUGGCUUGCUCUAGCUUGUUGGAAGAGAAAGAAGACGAUUGGCACAAAACUACGUGCUUGGAGGCAGCAAAGUCCGUUCACUUGCAAGCUACGCAGAAAUUUGAAGGGAAACUCUCGCAGGUGAUCUUCGUGGCGAACGCUUUGAUGGAAACGUACGCGAAGUGUGGAAGCAUGGCUGAUGCUUGGGAAGUUUUCCGGGGGAUGGAUUCCAGGGACGUUGUGUCAUGGACGACGGUGAUGCGGGGAUAUGUCAGGAACGGGGAAGCUCAGGUGGCUCUCGAGCUCUUCCAGAGAAUGAAAGCUUGCAAGUGUGAACUGGAUUCCCGGGCUUAUGUCGUGGUGCUUUCGGCUUGUGCGAGCUUGGCGGACCGAGAAGAAGGGGCUCAAGUUGGCGGUAAAACUGUGAAGCUUAAGAUCUUAGAGAAGGGGAUGGAGAUUCACUCGCAGCUGGAAACUAGGAACAGGGUCAAGAAGAUGGAAGGCUUUGGUGGUGACUUGUUAGAUUCUAGAAACCAAGAACAGGUUUUCUUAUCGGGUAGCCUGGUGGAUAUGUACUGCAGAUGCGGAGCUCUAGUGGAUGCUCAGCGGGUUUUUGAUAGAACUAGUCACGGGCAGCGAAACGUGGUUCUUUGGACGGCUCUCAUUCAGGGAUAUGCCGAGAAUGGUGAAAACGAGGUGGCUUUAAGAUUGUUUUCGAGCAUGGAUGGUGUGAGAAGCUCGAGAACUUUUCUUGCGGCUUUGACGGCUUGCGCUGGUUUAGGAGCAAAAGAGCAAGGCAGACUUGUGUCCGGCAAGGUUGUCAAGCUUUCGAGUUUGGAGAACGGGAUGGAAGUUCACGCUCGUGCUGUGGAGGCAGGAGUUUCUUCCGACUUGUUCGUGGCCAACACCUUGGUCGACAUGUACUCCAAGUGUGGGAGCGUGCUGGAUGCUCGUCGCUGCUUCGACAGGUUGGUUUCUCACAGCAUUGUUUCGUGGACUGCUUUAAUCCUUGGCUGUGCAGAGAAUGGCGAGAACGAGCUGGCCUUGGACCUGUUUAGACGUGUGAGCUGCCGAGCAAACUCUCUAACUUAUGCCGCCGCUCUCACCGCCUGUGCAAACAUGGGAGCACUCCAAUCCGGAAGGAAGAUCCACGCGGAAGCCGAGGCUUUGGGAUUCAACACCGCCGAGCUGUCGCUGGCAAACUCUCUGAUCCAUGAACAGAAAGGAUCUAGUGACUUGGAGCUCGCUCAUAUCGGGAUACAGCAGCAAAGGAGCAACACAAGAGCGUGUAGCCAUGCCGGACUUGUCACCAAAGCCGGGGAUUACUUCCAAGGGAUGAGAGUCAAGCCAGAGAUCCAGCACUACCACUGCAUGAUCGACGCUCUUGGACGAGCAAAUCUUCUCGACGAGGCAGUAGAACUUGCCGAGAGGAGGAUGCCUUGGCAAGCUACUGCCGUGACAUGGACGACGAUUCUAAGUUCCUGUCGAAAGUGGAAGAACGUAGCAGUGGCGAAGCUGGCUUUCAAAGCUGUGAUGAGGCUGGACAGGAACGAAGGCGCGGCAUACGUUCUCAUGGCCAGUAUGUUUGAAAGCUUGGAACUCUGGCAGGAACAACGAAGCGUGCUGGCUAUGGCUUCGUCCAGCCAAAACUUUGAAGGAAACAGGACAAAGGUUAUAAAAAAUCGAAGAGCUUGAUUAUACUCUUCUUGUAGAUUCUGUACAGCCAUGGAUUAACAGUUGUCCAUUUCUACUCAACA